GUCGGGUUCUGAUCUGUGCCAGUGAUGACCGGACCUGUGCCCAGCUGCAGCAGUACAUCCGGCUCGGCUCCGACUCGCUGCUCCACCGCCUCUACGCCCGCACCGCCGGCAAAAGUGACGCCGCUGCAGCCGCCGCCCUCGAUCUCGAUUGCCACAAAAAGGGCAACAGCUGGACGAAAAAAGGAGCCAAGGGAAAAGAGCCGGCGCAGAAAAAACCCACAAAGAGUAAAAAAAGACCCUCGCUGACUCUGACCCAGAUGGUGGGGAAGGACAGGGCGGAGGAGGCGGCCAUGAUGGGCAGCAGUGGAGACGAGGAUGAGGAGGAGGAACAGAUGAAGCUGGAUUUGUCAUCAGAUGCUUAUUAUGGAGUUCUGAAGGAGCCGCUGACUGUCAUCCACCCUCUGAAGGGCCUCACUGACCCCCACAGCCUCACCAGGGUGCUGAACGAGGUGGAGCCCAGCUUCGUGGUGCUGUACGACGCUGAGAUCAGUUUCGUCCGCCAGCUGGAGAUCUACAAAGCUAGCCGGCCCGGGAAAACACUGAGGGUGUAUUUCCUCAUCUACGGAGGCUCCACGGAGGAACAGAAGUACCUGACGGCGCUGUCCAGGGAAAAGAAAGCCUUCGAACACCUCAUCAGGGAAAAAGCUACCAUGGUGAUCCCAGAGGAGAGGGAGGGGCGGGAAGACACUAACCUGGACCUGGCAAGGAAUUUAGGGCCUGCCAACGCCACCACCAACACCCGCAAAGCAGGAGGUCAGGAGCAGCCCAAAGACCCGUCCCGAGUCAUCGUAGACAUGCGUGAGUUUCGCAGUGAGCUGCCCUCGUUGCUGCACCGCCGCGGGCUGGACAUCGAGCCCGUCACCCUGGAAGUGGGCGACUACAUCCUGACCCCGGACACGUGCGUCGAGCGGAAGAGCGUCAGUGAUCUGAUUGGCUCCCUGCAGAGCGGCCGCCUCUACACUCAGUGUCUCUCCAUGACUCGAUACUACAAAAGACCAGUGCUGCUCAUUGAGUUUGACCCAGCAAAACCCUUUUCCUUGAUGGCUCGCUCUGAUUUCCGUCAUGAGAUAUCGGCCAAUGACGUUUCUUCCAAACUCACCUUACUCACUUUGCAUUUCCCUCGGCUCCGUAUUCUCUGGUGCCCGUCCCCCCACGCCACUGCCGAGCUCUUCGAGGAUCUGAAGAAAGGUCGCCUGGAGCCGGAUGGUGCCGCCGCUCAGGCCAUCACAGCCGAGUCAGACAUGGUGGCCGAAUCAGCUGACCUCUACAACCCCGGGCCGUAUGACUUCCUGUUGAAAAUGCCUGGGGUCAAUAUGAAAAACUACAGGGCUCUUGUGAAAAACGCAGACAGCCUGGCAGAUUUAGCCAAACUCAGCCAGGAAAGGUUGGCAGAAAUACUGGAGAAUGCUAAAAAUGCUAAGCAGCUGUUUGAGUUCCUGCAUAAUGAUGCUGAUGUCCCUGCUCCUGUGCAGAAGGGCAAGUGGACAUGAUGUGUGGAAAUUGAAUUGCUUCAAGAGGGAUUAAUCAAAUGGACUUUCUUCUUCUUCAAAGCAUCUGACUUAUGUAUAUAAUUAUAAUAUUCCUGGUAUCAGGAGGAUUAGUUUUCAAUGUACAUUUUGAUGAUAAUGGCAUGAUGUAAAAUGAUGCAGACUGAAUUCACACCGUACAGAAUGAGUCUGUCAUCAAAAAGUAUUAUAUUUAUGUACAGAAUGAACUGAUAUACUGCAAUGUUUUUUCUAUUGUAUUUUGUAAACUACUCUGAAAAUGGGACAUGUUCUUAAAUAACUUGGCAAGAAUCAAAUAUUUUAUAAUAGUUUUGUUUACCUUUUAUUUAAAUAAAUACAUCUUUCUAGA